GUUGGUUUGUCAGUUCCGUGUGUAUAUGCCCACUGUGCGGAUAUUACCGAGACUUGGAAAAAUACAUACCUCAAUAAAAAACGCUCUUAAAAAAUAAUAAUAACAAUAUUAAUUACAAGUAAUAAAAAAGAUUAUAAACUUUGUAAAAAAACAAAAAAAGAAACAAGUGUUUAUAUAAAAAAAUGAAAUAUGUAAAAUAAUUAUAAAUAUUUUAAAUAAUGUAAAAGCAAGUUUGAAUAGUGUAGUUUUUCAUAGUUUGUGAGUGAAUGUGAUUAAUUUUUUUAUUUUAUUUUUUUUAUAAAAUAAUAAUUAAUACUUAUACUCAUUAAGUUGGAUUAACAUUGGGAUUUGCGCGCGAACCAGCUGAGAAAAUGCGAGUACUCAUUCCAAUCACAGUUUUGGUGUGCCUAGCCAUUGGCACUUAUGAGUCAGCAAUAAAUGAUGAUUAUCCAAGAGAGGCAUACUUUAAUGGUACAGCAUCACUUAAAUUAAAUUCAACGGUAUCAGUACAUCGUCACAGUGGAUUGAGUUUUCGUACAUGCAUCGGUGGAAAUUUAUUUUCUCAGCAUUAUAAUAAUGACACAAUUAGUCUUGAUGUCACAAAUGAAGGAUUAUUAUUUAUAGCUAUUGUUGAUAAACAUAAAUAUGAAGCUAAAUUAAGUGCAAGAUUAUUGAAUAAUGUAUGGCACAAUGUUAAUUUAGUUUAUAAACUUGGUAAUCUUAAUUUAACUGCUGCAGGAAAUAAUCAGAUUGUUGCUAAUGCUACAUACAAUUCAGCAAUUCUUCAACUACCAGAUUACAAUGUUAAUGGUAGUUUAAUUGUUGGAAAAGGUUUUAAGGGAUGUAUUCUUCGAGGACCUGGUAUAUUAUUCAAUGAUUCAGAAAAUAAUGGAGCACUUAUUGGCACAUGUCCACCAGAAUUACGAGGCUGUGGACAAAUAAACAACAAUGAUUUCGGUGAAAUGAUUGAUUCAUGCAACAAUGAGCCAUGUGUUAGAAGAGGAAAAUGUGUACCACAACCAGACGGUUACAAGUGUCAAUGUGAUACCGGAUAUUCUGGAAAAAACUGCGAGAUUGGCAAUGGUUCAAGAUGUAGCAGUAAUCCAUGUAAAAAUUCAGCAACAUGUCACGAAGACAAAGAUGGAAAUUACAAAUGUACCUGUUUGUUUGGCUACACUGGUAGUGAAUGUGAAAUACCAAUUGGUAAUCAUCACAAUCAGUGCAAUGAUUAUCCAUGUAGAAAUAAUGGUAUAUGUCAGCCAAUUGGUGACAAUGAUUUUAAAUGUAAUUGUCAACCAGGAUGGACUGGUAAAAUAUGUGAAAUUGAUUUUAACGAUUGUGCAUCUCAUCCUUGUAAAAAUAAUGGUAUUUGUGUUGAUGAAUUUAAUAAUUACACAUGUCGUUGUCAAAGUACUGGAUAUACAGGAAGAAAUUGUGAAAUAAAUAUUGAUGAAUGUUCAAGUAAUCAUCCAUGUUUAAAUAACGGUGAAUGUUUUGAUAAUUACGGUGGUUAUAUUUGUCGUUGUCCAAAUGGAUAUGACGGUACAAAUUGUGAACAAGAUUUAAAAGAAUGUCAAUCAAAUCCAUGUCAAAAUGGUGGUCUAUGUGUUGAUGAAGUUGGAACUUAUCAUUGUAAAUGUCCAAAUGAAUAUACUGGUAAACAUUGUGAAAUACGUCUUUGUGAUAAUUCAUUGUGUCCAGAUAAUAGUAUUUGUUUACCAGAUGAAAUUGGUGGAUUACAGUGUCUUUGUGCAAAUGGCUAUGUUGGUAUACCACCCAACUGUACUGUUAAUUAUUGCAAAAGUAAUCCUUGUAUUAAUGGUGGUGUAUGCAUCAAUGAAAAAGACAACUACAAAUGUACAUGUCCAAGUGGAUGGAAAGGAUCAAAUUGUCAUAUUCCAAUAUCAAAAUGGUGUGCAGUUUGUCACAAUAGUGGUACUUGUGUUGAAACAGAAUAUGGAGGUGCUAAAUGUCAAUGUACAAGAUUUUGGACUGGACCACAAUGCAAAGAACCACUAACUUGUCGUGAUAAUCCAUGCAGAAAUGCUAAUUCUUGUCAUGACUAUCAAGGAGGAUAUUAUUGCAAUUGUGAACCUGGCUGGACUGGUCCAAAAUGUGAUUCAAAUAUUUCCGAGUGUUUGAGUGAUCCAUGUCGUAAUGGAGGAACUUGUAAUGAUCAAACAAAUUCAUACUACUGUGACUGUAUACCAGGCUGGACUGGUAACAAUUGUCAAAUAAACACAAAUGAAUGUCUAUCAGAACCAUGUUUAAAUGGUGGAAGUUGUAUUGAUGGUGUUAAUGGAUACACAUGUAAUUGUACAAAUGAUUUUAUUGGUGAAAAUUGUGAACGUGAAUAUAAUCCAUGUGAUAAAAAACCAUGUAAAAAUAAUGGUACAUGUAGUACAAAAUUAUUAUCAUUAACAACAAAACGUGAUUAUGAGUGUACAUGUCAAAAUGGAUUUACUGGUAAAUCAUGUGAAAUAAAUAUUGACGAGUGUGUAAAUGUACAAUGUGAUAAAGAUCGUAUUUGUGUUGAUGGAAUUGGUAAAUACGAAUGUAAAUGUAAAGAAGGUUACAGAGAGCCAAAUUGUACAUUAAUAAUUGAUCAUUGUGCUAAAAAUCCAUGCAACAAUAACACUUGUAUUGAUCUUGGUGAAAUGGGUUACAAGUGUAAUUGUAAUCCUGGUUUAACUGGUGAUAAUUGUGAAACAGAUAUUGAUGAAUGUGCAUUAUAUGGUAAUGCAUCAUGUAAUGGUGGAAUAUGCCAAAAUACAAAUGGAAGUUAUGAUUGUUUUUGUCGUCCUGGUUUUUCUGGUAUACAUUGUGAUAUGGAUAUAAAUGAAUGUCUAUGUAAUCCAUGUCAAAAUAAUGGUACAUGUAUUGAUGAAAUAAAUAAAUUUAGAUGUAUAUGCCCAAAGGGAUAUGAGGGUUCAUCAUGUCAAAUAAAUAUAAAUGAAUGUAAAGAUAAUCCAUGUCAAAAUAAUGGUGAAUGCAUUGAUGGUAUUGCAAAAUAUACAUGUUCAUGUGCAAUUGGUUUUACUGGUAAAAAUUGUGAAACAAAUAUUAAUGAUUGUCAUCCACAAUCAUGUUUACAUCAUGGUAAAUGUAUUGAUGGUAUUAAUAAUUAUACAUGUGAUUGUAUUGAUACUGGUUUUACUGGUUACAAUUGUGAAAUAAAUAUUGAUGAUUGUUAUUCUGGACCAUGUGUUAAUGGUGGUACAUGUAUUGAUGAUAUUAAAGCAUAUCGUUGUCGUUGUUAUCCUGGUUAUACUGGUAAACGUUGUGAAAUUGAUAUUAAUGAAUGUGAAAGUUCACCAUGUAAAUAUGGUGGUGAAUGUCUUGAAAGAUCAACACAAGCACAAUAUAAAUCAACAAAAUUAAAUAUACCAGAAAUAUUUACACAUGAAUUUAGUUAUUUAAAUGCAAGUGGAUAUGAGUGCAUGUGUGCACAAGGUACAAUUGGUAAAAAUUGUGAAAUAAAUAUUGAUGAAUGUUCAAGUAAUCCAUGCUAUGAGGGAACAUGUAAAGAUAAAAUUGGUAAAUAUGAAUGUGAAUGUAAUAAAGGUUUUGAGGGUAUUAAUUGUCAACAUGAUAUUGAUGAAUGUUUACGUUAUAAACCAUGUGAACAUGGUACAUGUAUGGAUGGUAGAGCUGAUUAUUAUUGUAGCUGUGAACAAAAUUGGGGUGGUAAAAAUUGUUCAGUUGAAUUAAUUGGUUGUCGUAAUAAUUUAUGUCAAAAUAAUGGUACAUGUAAACCAUAUUUAAUUAAUGAAAAUGAGCAUAAAUUUAAUUGUACUUGUCCAGAUGGUUAUCAUGGUGAUACAUGUAAUUUUAUAACAACAAUGUCAUUGAGUGAAAGUUCACGUGUUAUGGUUAAUACAACACGUGAAGAAGGAUAUGAUAUACAAUUUCGUUUUCGUACAACAUUACCAAAUGGUUUACUUGCAAUGGGUAAAGGUACAACAUUUUAUAUACUUGAAUUAGCUAAUGGUAAAUUAAAUUUACACUCAAGUAUAUUAAAUAAAUGGGAUGGUGUUUAUAUUGGUAGCGGAUUAAAUAAUUCAAAAUGGCAAAAAGUAUUUGUUGCAAUUAAUUCAACACAUUUAGUGUUGUCAGCAAAUGAAGAACAAACAAUAUAUCCAGUUAAUCAAAAUGAAGGACCAACAGCAUCAGCAAUAACAUUUCCAACAACAUAUGUUGGUGCAACAAUAAGUUAUCUUGGUAAUCUUGCACAUGGUCCAUCAUAUUUUGUUGGUUGUACUGAGGAUAUUGUUAUAAAUGGUGAAUGGAUAUAUCCAGAAAUGAAAUCAAACAAUGUUGAAAUGAAAUAUGUUGAUCAAUCAUGUCCACGUGAAGAACAAUGUUUACCAAAUCCAUGUAAAGCUGGUGGACAUUGUACUGAUAUGUGGCGUGAUUUUUCAUGUAAAUGUGAACGUCCAUAUUUAGGACAUACAUGCCAAUAUAAUAUGACUGCAGCAACAUUUAGUCAUGAAAAUAUUAAAAAUGGUUUUGUAACUGUUAAACUAUCAGAUUUUGCAAGACGUACUGUACGUUCAAUUGUUGAUAUAUCAAUGUUUAUUAAAACACGUGAAAAACAAGGUGAUGUUUUUUAUCUUGGUUCUGAUUUAAAUAAAAAUAAUAUUGAUUUUAAUUCAUCGAAAAAUUAUUUUAUAUCAGCUGAAUUAAAAGGUGGUGAAUUACAAAUUGAUAUGCAAUUUGAAGGUAGAGAAGAAAAAUAUGUUGUUAAUGGUGUUGCAUUAGAUGAUGGUAAUGAACAUUUAAUACAAGUUAUUAGAAAUAUAACACUUGUACAAGUUAAAAUAAAUAGAAAAGAGUUAUUUAGUAAAUUAUUUAGUAGUGCCAAUGGACAAUUAAAUGUAACACAUUUAUAUCUUGGUGGUAUACCACAUAAUUCACGUCAUAAUCGUCAAAUUGAUGAUAAUGAAUCAUCAACAACAUCAACAAUUAAUCAUGUUAAUUUUAAAGGUGUUAUACAAGAUGUACAAAUAUCAAAUGGUAGUGAAACAAUGGUUGUUGAAUUUUAUCCAUUAAAUGCAACUGAUAUACCACCACCAAUACAAUUUGGUACAGUUAUAUUUGAUAAAAAUAAAGUAUUACCUGGUAUUGUAUCAGAUAAUGUAUGUCAAAGUAAUCCAUGCAAUCACAAUGGUACAUGUCAUGUUACAUGGAAUGAUUUUUGGUGUCAAUGUCCAAAAGGUUACACUGGUAAAACAUGUGAAGAAAUGCAAUUUUGUCAAUUACAAGAAUGUCCAAUAAAUUCAACAUGUCAAAAUUUAGAUGGUGGAUAUGAAUGCACAGCACAUGCAACAUUUGAUGGUAUACAAACAUUAUAUUCAUACAAUUAUAUUGAUGAAAAUAAUAAUCAUGAUGAUGAUGAUCACAAUGAAGAUGAUGUUGAUGAUGACAAUGAAAAUUAUGAUUCAAUUAAAAAAUCAAAAAUUAAUGAAAUAACAAUUGUUUAUAGAUCAAAUAAUGGUGGUACAAUAAUGCAUAUUGAUUCAUUAAUUAAUGAUUAUUAUCAAUAUUUUAAUUUAUCUGUUUAUAAAGAUACAAUAACAAUUGAAUGGAAACUUGAUGAUGUUGAUGAUAAUAAUAAUGAUAAAUUAAUAUUUGGUAAAAAAGAAGCUGAUGGUAAUUGGGCAACAAUAUUAUUAAAAAUGAAUGAUGAUACAUUAACAUGUGGUUUUUUAAAUACAAUUAAUGAUUCACCAAUAACAAGUAAUAAAUUUAGUUUAACAUUGUGGAAAAAAUUAAUUAAAAAUGGACAAAUAACAAUUGGUGGUUUACCAUUUGAUAUUGAUAGCAAUGAUAAUAAUAUGGAGGUAUCAUAUCAAUCAUCAAUUGAUGCUAAUAAUGUUGAUUUAUCUGAUGUUAAUAUAACAACAAUAUCAUCAUCAACAACAACAACAACAAAAACAACAAAUAAUAAUGCAUAUAAAGGUUGUCUUGGUGAAGUUAGAAUUGGCAAUAUGUUAUUACAUUAUUUUCCAUUUGAUAAAGUAUAUAAAAAUGUAACAUAUAAACCAAAAGAAUAUUUUACAUUGAUUGUUGAAAAUUCAACAAAUAAACAAAGUAUUGGUUGUCGUUUAUGUUUUGAAAAUGAAUGUCAACAUGGACAUUGUUUAAAUGAUACUGAUAGUUAUAUAUGUAAAUGUCCACCAGGUUAUACUAGAGAUAAUUGUUCAGAAAAUAUUAAUGAAUGUUUAAAUAAUAAUUGUCAAAAUAAUUCAACAUGUAUUGAUGGUAUUGCAAAUUAUACAUGUCAAUGUAAAACUGGAUGGCAAGGUUGGCUAUGUGAUACUGAUGUUAAUGAAUGUAUUAGACAAAAAGAUAAUCCAUGUUAUAAUGAAGGUGUAUGUGUUAAUUUAAAUGGUUCAUUUAGAUGUGAAUGUCCAGAUGAAUUUACUGGUGAUUUAUGUAAAGAUCCAAAAUUAAUAACAUGUGAUAAUCAUCGUUGUAAAAGUGGAUCAACAUGUAUGAAUAUUGUUAAUCCAAAAAAUGGUGAUAAUUUUACAUGUACAUGUAUGCCUGGUUAUGAAGAUGUAUAUUGUGAUGUACCAUAUUGUCGUGUACGUAGCUGUAAAAAUAAUGGUACAUGUGAUAUAUCAUAUCAACGACCACAGUGUAAUUGUCCAAUUGGUUUUAAGGGUGAUUAUUGUGAAAUUAAUAUUGAUGAUUGUCAAAUUGAUAAUCCCCAAGCUGAUCCUAAAUGUAAAAAUAAAGGUAUUUGCAUUGAUGGUGUCAAUAGUUACACAUGUAAUUGUCAUAAUACUGGAUAUGUAGGACCUGAUUGCAGUGAUGACAUUAAUGAAUGUGAAGAAGGUGGAGAACAAAUUUGUGGAAAUGGAAUUUGUAUUAAUUUACCUGGUACAUUCAAGUGUAAUUGUGAUGAUGGAUAUUGUGGUGCCAAUUGUCAACUUGUUGAUCCAUGUCGUGAGGAUUCAUGUGCAAAUGGAGGCACUUGUACCUGCGAUCAAUCUGGUGGUUACAUUUGUCACUGUCAUCCAGAUUACACAGGACACAAUUGUACAGAGUCGAAACAUUUUCUGGGAAGUCAAGCAAUGAGCUAUGCAAUAUUUGCAAUUCCAAUUGGAUUAAUAUUCAUAUUAAUUAUUGUGUCUGUACCAUUCCUCGUGAUGACUACAAGAAAUAAACGAGCAACAAGAGGUACAUACAGUCCAAGUGCACAAGAAUUCAGUAAUCCAAGAGUGGAAAUGGACAGUGUCAUGAAACCACCACCAGAAGAAAGAUUGAUAUAAUUCAAAAGGCUAAUAUAUUUUUCUUUUUCAAUUCUUUUGAUAUAUUAUAUACAUAUAUAUUGAUCCUAGUCCAUCGAUUGAGUGUCUCUCUAUCUCUAUAUCUCUGUCGAUCAACAUCUAGAUCCAACAAAAAUUUUCGUACAUAACACAAAUUAAUUUCUGUUCCAUGUUUGAAAAGCCUCGA